AUGUUGACCAGUCUCCUCGUUGCUCUGCACUGUUCUUUUACUCAAAACCUUAAAAGUAUAAGUGAAGUGUGGUUAGAAGAAUUUACAGAGGAUUCUGGCAUGGAUGAAUUAGUUGAGAGGGAAAAUAAGGUCUGGUUUGGUUUGGUCGGGUCUCUUUCAUACGAAAAUGAUCCAAAGCAAGGAAGUUCCAACAUUUUAAAUAUUGGGUUUGUCUUUACUGGCGUGGUGGAACCUUUGAUUGUGUAUGAUGGUCUAUUCCUCUGUCCUGAGAAGCCUUGA